AUGGCAUCCUUGACUGGUCUUCCGACUGAUCGAGCCGAAUCCCAGCAGACAAAGAAAGAAGAGGCCCGAGCCACGCAAGGGAGUAACGUGAUGGACUCAGCCAGAGAGGGUGUCCAGACAGCAAGCAAUGACGAAGGCGCCAACUCUGCACUCAACACCAAGGCGGCCUCGACGAACAAUGGUACGAGCUGUACAUGCUCAGUAUAUGGCGAACGCAAGCCAACCUCCGACCUUCAACUCGGAGAUGGCAAAAGUAGUGCAAACGUCUACAGUGCAUGCACAUCUGCAGCCUGUGAAGCUUCAUCACAUCCCAAUUCCGAUGUCAGUAAUACCAGGACUGUUGGCCCGAUUCAGAAGAACCCAUACCCAACAUUGAAGCAAAUCGACAAUGGAAGACGGCUUGGAAAGGGUUUCAAUGAGAGAUGGACCAGACAUGGAGACCCGCUUGCUGACGACCAGGUCUUACGGGUGAUUGGAGAUGCGAACGACGAUGAUUGGAUUCCUGGAGUCGAUGAUGGGGAUGAGACGGGAGCGGAUGAAUGGCCAUAUUGA